AUGGCUCUGGGUGAUGUAUUGGGAUUAAAGCAAGACCCAGAAGCACUGGUUCAAGUUAAUGAACUCAUUAAACAUUACAUUAGUUCAUUUGGAAAGUCAUCUCGCACUGUUGCUAUAACACUUCAGGCCUAUGAUUAUGUGGACAGAACCAAUUCAGAGGUGGCUUACAUGAAAUUCUCACUGAAAGGAUUCCAGUUCCGUGGCAAAACACAUGCAGAAGACUCGGGUCCAAAUGUUUCAUUUGUGGUAGCAGCUUUGACCUUGGAAGGAAAGAUCGUCAUUGCUGGAGAUAAGCUGUUUGCCUCUACUGGAAAGGCAUCUGCCUUUGAGACAGCGGACUUGUCUUGCCAAGAAGCCCAGGGCGCCAUUGCUGCACCAAGAAACCUGAAAGAGAACAAAGCUAUUCAGAAGAUUGUGCAAUUUUAUAACAGUUCUGCCUAUCUGGGUAUUAUUGCAAAUGAUGUGCUAGGGACAUUCCAUUUCCAGAAUGGGGAUUCUUUGGAUUUUACCAACUGGUACGAGAAUGAACCUUCUGGUCCAGAAAUUGAAAAAUGUGUGGAAAUGUACAGCGAUGGCACUUGGAAUGACAAAAUAUGCAACGAUUACCGCCUUGUGGUCUGUCAGUUUUAAAACCCAACCACCAAGACAACCCAAGGCAACCAUUGAAUGUUCCUUAAAACAUAACUUGAUGUGA